UGCCCUGCAUUAGGGUUUUUGGUCCCUGAAGGGUUUAGGGUAUAGGGCAUUCAUUCUCACGAUUUUCGUAGCUCCUCUGGCUGUGGGAGGACCUGGGACGCAUGGCAGUUUGCAAUCUGGGUUGAAAUUUGAAGUACCGGAGUCAAUUGUAUUGUAGGUUUAUUUUUAUUUUUAUUUUGUUUCCUGGUGGAGAUUAGCUGCGAUGGGUAGCGAGGAUGCACCGCCACCAGCGGCCGGAGCUUGGUCUGCCAUAGCCAGGAAGGAUGCGGUGGUGCCUGUGAAGGCGAAGGUUGAACCAAGCGCUGUGCGCUGUAAGAGCGGCUUGAACACCGUUGUGGUGGAUACCAACGCAGUUAUUGGGAGUGGUAUGCAUCUUGUGGGAAUUGCUGAGCGAUUUGUGACGAUGCGGGAAGUGCUGAAAGAGGUGCGAGAUCCGAUGUCGCGUAUGAACCUGGCAGCUUUGCCUAUAAAAUUGGAAAUCAUGGAGCCAGACCCGGAAGCUGUUACCAAAGUGGUGCGAUUUGCGAAGGCGACUGGUGAUUUGCAGUCACUAUCAGAAGUAGAUACGAAACUUAUAGCUCUAGCUUACACUUUGGAGUCUCAGAUUCAUGGUGUAUCACACCUUCGAACACGCCCACCUCCUCUGCAGGUGACGCCUGUGCUGAAAAAUAAGCCACGUGAACCGCUUGGCUGGGGUUCAAAUGUUCCUAAUCUGAAGGAAUGGGAAGAGUUGGAGGAGGCGGAGAAAAGUCAAUCCAAGAUCAACCAGUCAAGAAUCCUUGGAUUGAAGUAUUUGAAUUUAGAUGGGUCGGAGUCGGGAAACUCCUCACCAGUAGUUGAACUUGAGAGUGCUAAUUUACCUUCAGACCCAGGUUCAAACGAGUCAGAGAUUCCUUCUACUGCACGUGCUAGUUCGCGAGGUGAGACUAAUUCCGAGGGACGUGGGGGGUGGUCAAAACGAGAGCCUAAGGCGCCAAAGCUCAAGCCCACCAUCAGCAUUGAGGGUAAGAAAAAUGUUGCAGUCGGAUUGGACGCGUCUAAAUCGGAAUUAGCCGAAGCGGAUACCUCUGGUUGGGUGCACGCAUGUAGCAGGACUACUCGGAACAAAUUUCUAAAGCGACAAGCUAAGCGGGAAGCCAAGGCGGCGGCUUUAUCAGAAUCAUCCUCUGUUGCGGGGGAUCAUCACCCCACUGAGAUGGAUGUACAACCUCAGAGAUCAUUCUUUGAAGGGGAAGUCGUACCUCCGCCCCUACUUGAUGAGGACGAAAAUGAGGAUGUCGAAGAUCUGACCGAGGAGUGUAUUAAGAACGAAGGUGACACUGACCCAGGUGAAGAACAGGACGAAGGAGCAACCGCUAAUCUAGAAAUAGAGAGUGCUAAGGUGGCAGACGAGGGAAAAGGAGCGUCUGAUAGUGACGAAGGCGACGAAGGUGAUGAAGAGGAUGAUACUAAAGCCUUCGAAGCAGAAAUGGCUGCACAUGCAGCCUCAGGUGAGGGUUUGCAGACGGAUGAAAAUGAGAGUAGUGCGAUUAGCGAUGCUAAUGGCGUAGCACGAUCUACAGAAGCUGAAAAGAGAGAUUCAUCGUGGCAAUCCUCGGUUGCCUGUGCGACUGGAGAUUUCGCCAUGCAGAACGUCAUACUUCAAAUGGGUCUGCGGUUACUCUCGCCUAAUGGAGCCCAUGUUCGUGAAUUGAACAGGUGGGUUCUUAAAUGUACGGCUUGCAAUAACAUCACGGCUGAGGUGGGGCGCAUCUUUUGUCCCAAGUGUGGGAAUGGAGGCACUUUGUACAAGGUGUCUGUUACUGUGGGAGCUAACGGCACCGUUCACGCUGGAAAAAUUAAGCGUGUGAACAUUCGUGGCACUCGGUAUUCACUUCCUAUGCCCAAGGGUGGUAGGAUUGGAGCUGCCCAGAAUCCCAUUUUACGGGAAGAUCAACUGCCUCACAGGGUCCUGUAUCCUAAACAGAAGAAAUCUUCUCACGCGGGUGGUGAUGUGUAUGUGACUGCGGACACACUAUUCACAAACAACAAAGGGAUGCAGAACAUAGGAUUGAUGCCGGCAGUGCAACAAGCAUCUGCAGUCUUUAGUGGUCGCCGGAAUCCAAAUGAGCGCCGGAACAACCGGAAGCACUGAUAUUAAUUUUAUAUUUAUUUUACGUAGCAGACUGUCUUUUUCUAUUGACUCCUCUGGUAACCUCCGAGAUUAUUCACACCACAAUACAGUAGACUUUCCUUUUUAGUUCCUCAGCAACAUGCUUGGCUUUUAGAUUCCAAAUUAGCAAAUGGAAUAGGCUUUCUUCUGCUUUUUAUUUUAGUUUACUUUUUUUGUUUGUUUGUGUGUGUCAUGGUUUUUGUUUUGUUUUUGUCUACCUGUUCUAAGCUAAUUUGUUGCAAAAAUGAAAGAAAAACUCUAUUUUGGUUC